AAAUGCUGUCUGUACGAUAGACCGACCAUCACUUCUGUGUUUGUUGGGGAGUGUCAUGGCGGCGCCCAUGUCUGAAAGCUGGAGUUGGUUCCUCGCUCUGGCAUUUGGAGUUUCCCUUCUGAAAUGUCUACUGAUAAACACAUACCAUUCCACUGAUUUUGAGGUACACAGGAACUGGUUAGCUGUCACACACAGUUUACCUAUUUCACAGUGGUAUUUUGAGGAAACAUCUGAAUGGACCUUGGAUUAUCCUCCCCUGUUUGCAUGGUUUGAAUAUGGACUGUCUCACAUUGCAAAGUAUUUUGACAAAGAGAUGCUGGUAGUGCAGCAUCUAAAUUACGCCAGUCCUGCCACUGUUCUCUUUCAACGAUUCACUGUGAUCUUAGCUGAUGUGGUCUUCAUUUAUGCUGUGAAAGAGUGCUGCAAAUGUGUGAAAGGGAGCAGGCGAUCCAAGGACCUUUUGGGGAAGCCCUCUUUUGUCCUAGCUGGGCUGCUACUCUGGAAUUUUGGACUACUUAUCGUUGACCAUAUUCAUUUCCAGUACAAUGGGUUCUUGUUUGGUGUUCUGCUUCUUUCUGUAGCUAGACACUUUCAGGGAGGACACCUUGAAGGAGCGCUGCUUUUUGCUCUACUGUUAAACCUGAAGCAUAUUUUUCUGUACAUUUCACCUGCCUAUGGUAUCUACCUACUGAGAUCAUACUGCUUCACCAAAGACAAUCCAGAUGAGUCUUUAAAUUGGAGGAGUUUCAGUCUUUUGCGGUUAGCAACACUGGGAGUAAUUGUGUGUUCUGUGUUUGCACUGUCGUUUGGACCUUUCAUUUUGCUGGGCCAGCUUCCUCAGGUUUUGUCCCGGCUCUUCCCCUUCAAAAGAGGAUUAUGUCACGCCUACUGGGCUCCCAACUUCUGGGCCCUGUACAACAUGGCCGAUAAAGUGCUGUCCAUCCUGGGUGUGAAACUGAAACUAUUUGAUGUGGACAGACUUCCUAAGGCCUCGAUGACAGGUGGCCUUGUCCAAGAAUUUCAACAUUCUGUCCUUCCUUCUGUCUCUCCUUCAGCAACGCUGGUUUGCACCGUAAUAUCAAUACUUCCUGCCGUUUUCAGUGCUUGGUUCAGGCCCUCUGGGGUUCGAGGUUUUCUGCGGUGUGUGAUCAUUUGUGCACUAGGGUCCUUCAUGUUUGGAUGGCAUGUGCAUGAAAAGGCUGUUCUAAUGGCAAUCCUUCCAUUAAGCUUAAUGGCAGUUGAGAGAAAAGAGGAUGCUCGCAUAUUUCUCAUCUUGGCGACCACAGGUCAUUUCUCUCUAUUCCCACUGUUCUUCACUGCACCAGAAUUGCCCAUCAAAGUUCUUCUCAUGUUGCUGUUUUCACUGUACAGUUUUACAUCAUUAAAGAUGCUCUUCAGACAUGAAGGCAGCUUGCUUAGUGUUCCAGAGGCAGUUUAUCUCACAGGUUUGAUUCCUCUGGAGGUUUUUUGUGAGUUUGUUUACCCCUGGACCACAUGGCAACAAACCCUCCCAUUCAUCCCCCUGCUGGUGACAUCUGUGUACUGCGCUCUCGGGGUCUCCUACUCUUUCAUCAUGCUCAACGUGUUGUUGCUUAGGACUGAAAAUACUGGAAAAAAUAAGUCCCAGUGAGUGUCUGCAGGCAACAAAAAGUCCACUGUGGCCGUGCAGGGCGACACACAAUCGGUCCUUGUGUCACUCAGGGAUAAUGUCUGCUUGUUUGCUUAGCUUGAGGUUUCUUCCUCCUACUCAUGUCUGUGUGAGCCGACGUGGAAAUUGCAGUGUGAUGAGAAGCGGUGGCUGACAUUGCAUGCUUUGUAGGAGGCCGCAUACUCGUCUCCGUUCUCCUGAAAAAACAACUGGGGAUAUGAGCAGAUGGAUGCAACUAGCGGGUACAAUAGGUUCACUUUUGCACCCCACUGAUUGGGGCAGGCUGUGUUGCAAGAGUAUUUUCAGAAUGGGUGUAGCAGAUCAUUUUUUCCCAUGGUGGACCAAAUGUAAUUUAAAAUUGUACUUAAAUAUGUGGGGCAAUACUGUACCAUUUAGGCAACACAAAAAUGGAAUGUAGUUUUUGCUUUUUAUUUUUGAAUUUUCAUAUUGUCAAAUAAAAUGCUAAUUCUGGC